ACUUCACAUCAGCUUGUAGUAUCUAAGUAAACACGCAGCGAGGAGUAUUUGUUUUUCCAAUCAGUGCUGGUUUGGAAUGCCUAAAGUGUUAACUUGUUUGUGGACCCGGUUCGUGAUGUAAACAAUGAUACAGAUGACGAGUUAAAGAUCAAUUCUAAUUGAAAGGGAAAGAGACGCAAGUUGGUGUUUUUAUUUUGGUUUCGAAGAGGCGAAUUUGUGCGCGUCCCAAAGUUCAGUGAUAAUAUAUAACUACAAUUGGGAUCGGCUUGUAUCUCGAAUCAUCAUAUUUUUCCUAUUGAGAGAAAGCCUCUAGGGAAGAAGAGAUGAUUUCGCAAAAGCUGUACAGCGAAGCGACGACGAUGGCCACGGCCGGCCAUCUGAUGACGCCGUCGUACGCUAUGAACUGCGUCUCAAUGGCAUCGGUAAACUCCUGCAAUCCACAAUCCAGCUUCGUUGGUUCCAGUAUGAUGACGCCGAUGAGCGGCGGUGGAGGUAGCGGCGGCAUGAACGGAAACGGAAGCGGGAUGAACACGGGCGGUAUGGGCUACGGACCGAUCGGAUCGCCUCUCGCGAAUAUGAACAAUUGCCAAUUGGGAACUUCCGGUAUGAACACGAUGCCCUAUGGUGCUCUUCCUGUGAGAGGCGAAAUUAACGGCGGCGAUACCUCCCCGAAUUCGGCGCUUCAAAGAGCGAGAGCGGACAAGACUUAUCGUAGAAGUUACACGCACGCUAAACCGCCUUACUCUUAUAUCUCGCUUAUUACGAUGGCAAUCCAGAACAGCACCCAGAAGAUGCUUACGUUGUCCGAGAUCUAUCAGUUCAUCAUGGAUCUGUUCCCGUUUUACAGACAGAAUCAGCAGCGCUGGCAGAACUCGAUCAGGCAUUCGCUGUCCUUCAACGAUUGCUUCAUCAAAGUGCCGAGAACACCGGACAAGCCGGGCAAAGGGAGUUUCUGGAGUCUCCAUCCGGAAUCCGGAAAUAUGUUCGAAAACGGUUGUUAUCUGCGGCGUCAGAAGAGAUUCAAAGACGACAAAAAGGAGAUGGUCAGGCAAACGCAUCACAAGAGUCCGUCGCACGGCAUCGAUACAAACAGUUCGGGCAAGAAGACGCCCAUACACCAACAACAAGACGACGUACACAAGUCGCAUCACAUGGAUAAAUCUGCAGAAGCGAACCUCAGCUCGAUGCUCAGCCUGCAUCCGACCAAAUUGGACGUGGAUGGACAGAUGAGUUUGUUGCAACACCACAAUGACCUGAACAUGAACCCGCAGCAUCAUCAUCAGCAGAACAUGUCGCACGAAGAGCUCUCAGCGAUGGUGAAUCGAUGUCAUCCUCUGGCGCUGAGCGGUGACCACCAAGCCGCUGCGAUGCUGCAUCACGGCUCCAUGAGCCAUCACCUGAAGCAGGAACCGCCCGGCUACACCCCUUCGAAUCAUCCGUUCUCUAUAACCCGCUUGUUGCCCAACGAGAGCAAAGCGGACAUCAAGAUGUACGACAUGCAGUACGGCUACAAUCCUCUCAGUCCGCUUCCCAACUCCGUGCACGGUCACUCUGCCCUCGGCAACGACUAUUACAACACCUCCCUGUACCACACCUCCGCCAGCACGACGAGCUUGUGACAAUAUCCCCUUGCCUAAGAAAGAAUCUGAACCUUCACAAAUCACCAGGCAAAUCAAUAAUACGAUUCGCCCUCUGUAUAUAACACGUUCUUUCAAUCGCAGAAUUAUCGUUAUUACGGACCCUCAUUUUUUUUUUACAAAAAAAUAAAACAAAUUGUGCAAUCGCAGCGAGGAAAGAGGACACAAUUGACGGUUCUUUUCUUUCUCUAUAUAUAUAUAUAUAUAUUAAUCGUUACUUUUACUUUAAUA